AUGAGAGAAAUCGUCCACGUCCAAGCCGGCCAGUGCGGAAACCAGAUUGGAUCGAAAUUCUGGGAAGUCAUCUCCGAUGAGCACGGAAUCCAGCCUGAUGGCUCGUUCAAGGGAGAGAGCGAUCUUCAACUGGAACGCAUCGACGUUUACUACAACGAGGCUAACAAUGGAAAGUACGUGCCACGCGCUGUCCUCGUCGACCUUGAGCCAGGAACCAUGGACUCUGUUAGAGCCGGUCCAUUCGGUCAGCUCUUCAGACCGGAUAACUUUGUCUUCGGACAAAGCGGCGCUGGUAACAAUUGGGCCAAGGGACAUUACACCGAGGGAGCUGAGUUGGUCGAUAAUGUCUUGGACGUCAUCCGCAAGGAAGCGGAGGGAUGCGAUUGCCUCCAAGGAUUCCAACUUACCCACUCACUUGGUGGAGGAACUGGAUCAGGAAUGGGAACACUUCUCAUCUCCAAGAUCAGAGAAGAAUACCCAGAUAGAAUCAUGAGCUCUUUCUCCGUUGUCCCAUCGCCAAAGGUUUCCGACACCGUUGUCGAGCCAUACAACGCCACCCUCUCGGUCCAUCAAUUGGUUGAGAACACCGAUGAAACCUACUGCAUUGACAACGAGGCUCUCUAUGACAUCUGCUACAGAACUCUUAAAUUAACCAACCCUACUUACGGAGACUUGAACCAUUUGGUUUCUCUUACUAUGUCUGGUGUUACCACCUGCCUUCGCUUCCCAGGUCAACUUAACGCCGAUCUUCGCAAACUUGCCGUUAACAUGGUUCCAUUCCCACGUCUUCACUUCUUCAUGCCAGGAUUCGCUCCACUUUCCGCUAAGGGAACCCAGGCUUACCGCGCGUUGACCGUUGCUGAGCUCACCCAGCAAAUGUUCGAUGCUAAGAACAUGAUGGCUGCUUGCGACCCACGUCACGGAAGAUACUUGACCGUUGCCGCUAUGUUCCGCGGACGCAUGUCAAUGAGAGAGGUUGACGAGCAAAUGCUCAACGUCCAGAACAAGAACUCGUCGUACUUCGUUGAAUGGAUUCCAAACAACGUCAAGACCGCCGUCUGUGACAUUCCACCACGUGGACUCAAGAUGGCUGCUACCUUCGUUGGUAACUCGACCGCCAUUCAAGAGCUCUUCAAGCGUAUCUCGGAGCAAUUCACUGCUAUGUUCCGCAGAAAAGCUUUCCUUCAUUGGUACACUGGUGAGGGUAUGGACGAGAUGGAGUUCACUGAGGCCGAGAGCAACAUGAACGACUUGAUCUCCGAGUACCAGCAAUACCAGGAGGCUAGCGCCGAGGAUGAAGCUUUGGACGGUUAUGGCGAGGGAGAAGGAGAGACUUAUGAUUCUGAGCAAUGA